GUUUCUUGUAGCCGUAGUAGACGGUAUAAAGGGCCGGGGUGCCCACCCACCGGUCCAGUGUGUUGUAGGACAGCAGGAGGCGGUGGUGGUGCUGUUUUUGUACAGUUUUUAACAGCUAGCCGUCAUUUGCGCUUCCACGCAGCUUGCUGGAAGGUAAAUAGGAGGAUGGGACGCCACCGUUUCUCUGUGUGUUCGUGAAUGAAGCGCAGGACCUGGGUAGUUUCAGGUGGCUUCUGUACACUGCCUCCCAGCAACUGUCAUGCCUUAUGGGAUAUUUACGAACCGCCUAUGACAUUCCAGCAGAAUCAAUGUUUACAACAUCAGGUAUUUUUGCCAGCAAUUAGCCUCCCAGCAUCUUUUUUAGACUCAUUUUUUUCAUUGCGCAAAGCACAGAAUAUAUACCACUGCAAGUUUUUCCUUAGUUCCUUGCCUUGUUUUUGUAAACAAAACUCCUUCCAUUCCCUGGCAAGAGGCUGAUCCUCUAUCAUGAGAUUCCGAAUCUACAAGAAGAAGGUGGUGAUUGUGACUCUGGUGGUUGUCAUCUGUGGCCUAGCUUUCUGGAGCAGCGCAAGGCAAAAGAAUGAAAGUGGCUCCUUCCCCAAGGAGUUGGAGGCAGUGAAGAAGAGCAGCAGCAGCAGCAGUAGUAGUAGUAUUGUCAACAUUCCAGUCCAGGUGCAAGCUACUCCUGCAGUUAGCAAAGCAACUGUUCCGCUGCUCAUUGUGCAAGCAAAUGACACGCACCAAGAAAACACAAAAGAAAAAGGCAAGCUGGGCCAUCCUGUGGUAGAUAACACUACUUUAGUUUUUCGUGGCAUCGUCUUCCAGCUGAAUUUUGACCAGACGAUAAGAAACGAAGAGAAGUUUAAGAAAACACGACAAAAAGAUGAUCUGGUUGUGGUAGUUCAGGUCCAUAACCGACCCGACUACCUCAAGCUGUUAGUAGAUAGUUUACGAAAGGCCCGAGGCGUGGAGAGCAUAUUGCUGAUAUUCAGCCACGAUUACUGGUCCCCAGAGAUUAAUAAAGUGGUGGCCUCUGUGGACUUCUGUCAAGUCCUUCAGAUUUUCUUCCCCUUCAGCAUUCAGUUAUACCCCCAAGAAUUUCCUGGACAUGACCCCAGAGACUGCCCUAGAGACAUUCCAAAAAAAGACGCCUUAAAACUUGGAUGCAUCAAUGCAGAAUACCCAGACUCCUUUGGUCACUACCGCGAGGCUAAGUUCUCUCAGACCAAGCACCACUGGUGGUGGAAGCUGCACUUUGUAUGGGACAGAGUCAAAGUCCUUAAAGACCAUCAUGGUCUGGUUCUACUGAUUGAGGAGGACCACUACCUAUCUCCAGAUUUUAUCCAUCUCCUCAAGCUGAUGAGAGCUCUUAAGGGGGAGCAGUAUGCCGACUGUGACAUCCUCUCGCUGGGAAGCUACAGCCACAUUGGCUAUGCUAGUAAAGCAAACAAGGUGGAGGUGAAGGCCUGGAAGUCCACAGAGCACAACAUGGGGAUGGCUCUAAGCAGAGAGACAUACCAGAAGCUCAUCCAGUGCACUGAUACAUUCUGCACCUAUGAUGACUACAACUGGGACUGGUCCUUGCAGCACCUGACGGUGUCCUGCCUGCCCUCGUACUGGAAGGUCAUGGUGAGUGAAGCGCCCAGGAUUUUCCACGCAGGAGACUGCGGCAUGCAUCACAAGAAAGCCUCUUGCAUGCCCGUCAGCCAGAAAACGAAGAUCGAAAACAUCCUGCAGAGCAGUGGGAACCAGCUGUUUCCGAAAAACCUCCUAAUUACAAAGAGACUACCAGCCAAUGGAGCCGGAGGGGUGGCUCCUCAUGUUAAAAAUGGGGGUUGGGGUGACAUCAGGGACCAUGAACUCUGCAGAAGUUACGUUCGAUUACAGUGACCUUAAUUGCUACGAUUACAUAUUAUUGUCUUUUGCAUCCUAUAUAAAGAAAAGUAAAUCUUUAUUAACUAUUCUUCUUAUUGCCUGUCUUACUGGACUGUUUUCUUGAGCUGUUCUAAAUAAAGACGAAUGUUAAAUUUA